AACCUUACACUAUACUUUGCAUCAACCACAACAUUUACUUCUAUACUCUCAUUUUCACCAAGAAAAUCAAGCAUGGCCAAGAUUGUUUCAAUUCUCCUUUUGGCCCUUCUUGUCAUUUCCAUGCUUGCUAACACUGUUAUGGCUGCAAAUGGCAAACACCACCACCAUGCUAAGUAUGGACCAGGGAGCUUGAAGCCCUCGCAAUGCCUACCACAAUGUACGAGGAGGUGUAGCAAGACACAGUACCACAAGCCAUGCAUGUUCUUCUGCCAAAAAUGUUGCAACAAGUGUUUGUGUGUUCCACCUGGUACCUAUGGAAACAAGGCUGUUUGUCCUUGUUACAAUAACUGGAAGACCAAGGAAGGAGGACCUAAAUGCCCUUAAUUUACUUUCUAUUUUCAUCUAAUAUGUCAACCUAAUCUUCUUGUUUUUUCUCCUAUUGCACUUUUAUCUAACCCAAGUGGUUAUAUAUGUAAUAUGACCAUAUUUCCAGUUUAAAAUGGAACAAAAAUAUCACUCCCACCCUUGCUAGAAAGUUUACUUUUCCUUUGGACCAAACA